AUGAAUCUCCAAAUUUGGUUGGACUAUAACAACUUCACCGAUGACAAGGACAAAAUUCGGCAGGUCAACGUGCACCUGGAAGGAGGAGCUGCUCUAUAUAUGAAAGAGUACGCAAUCAAGCUCUCCUCCAGACAGCCCGUCGGCACAUGGACAGAAUAUACACGGAAACUGGAGAUGGCUUACAAGAUGCUUGAUCCCAAGCGCACCGCCCAAGCACAACUGGAUGCGCACGGUGCCAUCCAUCACAAGACAAUGAUUGCCUUCGCAGAAAACUUCAGGGCCUAUGCACCUGAAUCAGGAUACUCUGACCAAGACCUGAUCGUCAAAAUCAGGGAACAACGGUCGUCACACAUUCAAACGGUAAUGUCAGUGACAGAAACGCUAGACCCGGGCAAGAUCUCCACAGAUUGGAUGGGUUAUCUUGAAUUCUGUCUAGAAAUCGAGAUCAAACACCUCCAACAGCUCUCAGGCAGCAAGCCCACUGGACAAACAACCGGAAGCAAGGCGACUGCCCCAAAGGACCCUAAUGCCAUGGACACCAGCACACGCAUCGCUCACGAGCUUUCCUCGGAACAAGACAGAUGGCUGCCAGAAUACAAGGGCAAGCAGUUUCAGACACGAACCGCCCCAAAGCAAGAAAAGGGAAAGGCAUUAGAACAAGCAAUUGCUGCACUUCGUGGGAUGAGUACCACCUCAACUACUCCACCAUCCAGCAAAGGCAAGGGCAAGGUCAAAGGCACAGACAUGGCAUCAAUGGCAUCGGCAUCUACGGUCAAGGACACCAAUGUGAGAAUCAUCGAGAUGGAUGAAUUCUCAGAGGAUUUUCAGUACGAAGUGUAG